AUGCCAGCAGCCGACUUUGACGCCGCCGCGUUCGGCGAGACCCACAUCACCAAGGGCAUCGGCCGUCUCUCGAAGCACGUCUUCGAAGAUGGUAAGGGCAGCUGGAUCACCACGGACAAAGGUGUCAAGCUGCUCGAUAUGACUGCCGGUAUCGGUGUGUGCAACUUGGGCCACUGCCACCCCAAGGUCACCGCCGCCGCAGCCAAACAAUGUGGCAAGAUCACCCACGCCCAAGUCAACAUUGGCUUUUCAGCACCGCAGAUCGAGCUCAUCAAGAACCUCUUGCCCAUCUUGCCGCAUCCCUCGCUCGACACGCUCUUCUUCUGGAAUUCGGGCGCCGAGGCAGUCGAGGCAGCCGUCAAGCUCGCACGUGCUGCCACCAAGAAGCAGAACAUCAUCGUCAUGCAGGGAUCCUACCACGGCCGAACAGCUGCGACCGCUGCGCUGACUCGAUCCAAGACCAUCUACGGCGAAGGCCACGGUCCUCUGAUGCCGGGUGUGUUUGCCACCUCGUUCCCCUUCUACGCUCACUUUGGCCUGCCUGUCGAUACCGACGUGGAGGAGCUGGUGCGUCAGUCGUUGCACCAGGUGAGGCUGACGCUUCAGCAGCAGACGGCUCCUUCGGAUACCGCGGCGAUCUUGAUUGAGCCGGUCAUCGGUGAGGGUGGAUACGUGCCUGCGCCGGCUUCGUUCCUACAUGGCUUGAGGCAGAUCUGCGACGAGAACAACCUGCUGCUCAUCUGCGACGAGGUCCAGUCUGGAUUCGGUCGAACGGGAACCAUGUUUGCCGUGGAGGAGUCGGGCGUGCGUCCUGAUGUGCUCAUCUUCGCCAAAGGAAUCGCCAACGGCUUCCCUCUCUCGGGCAUUGCAUCGACCAACGAACUCAUGUCGCGGCAGAAACCUGGCUCUAUGGGUGGCACCUACGCCGGCAACGCCGUCGCGUGCGCUGCUGCAUCGGCGGUGAUCCAGGCGUUCAAGGACGAACACGUGCUCGACAAUGUCGCCAAGCGAUCCGAGCAGCUGGUGUCGUUCCUGCACUCGCUGCAGAAGGAGUCGAGGUACGGACAUCUGAUCGAAGACGUUCGUGGCCGCGGACUCAUGAUCGGAGUCCAGUUCGCCAACACGCCCACCACCGCCGACAGCGACAAUGCGGCAGCGGCGACGGUCAAGAAGCCAGAGCAGAUCGCUCCGAAGGUCGUGGCAGAGUGUCUGAAGCGCGAUAUGCUGCUGCUCAGCACAUCUGUGUUUGAUGUUCUAAGGUUCAUCCCUGCGUUGAACAUCAGCGAGGACGAGUUGGCACAGGCUUGUGGCAUUUUCAAGGAGAGCUUUGAGGCUGCGGCUAAGGAGCUUGGUCAUUGA